CCCAGAAUGAUGCGCGUACACAGGCAUUACUAGACAAGCCUCCCCAUUAUGAGCUCUCCUUCUCCUCUCUUACCCAAAUCGGGUUUACCGGAAGAUGAUCCGGAUUCGACCCGGCCCAUAACCGCCACGACCAUGGCCAUCUCCACCGCUCCAGCCCUCCGUAAGAAAGGUGGGGGAUUGCGGACAUGGCUACGCCUCGAUAGCACAGGGAACCACAAUGACUACACGGCGGGGAAGCACGAGAUCAUGCGCCUCACGGGGCUACCCGCCCGUGACCUUCGGAUUCUGGACCCUCUCCUCUCCUACCCGUCCACCGUGCUGGGUCGAGAACGGGCGAUCGUUAUCAAUCUUGAGCACAUCAAGGCGAUCAUCACUGCCCAGGAGGUGCUGUUGCUCAAUUCAAAGGACCCAUCUGUUAUUCCGUUUGUGGAGGAGCUCAAGAAGAGGCUCUCUUAUCACUACCACGCCACUAAAGCGCAGGAAGGUGAUGUUAAUGACUCAAACGGGAAGAACAUUUCGGAUUUAGAAGAACGGUCAAGGGAUGCUAUUCCAAACUUUUCUGGUGAAUUGUCUAAGUUCCAGGCUCGAGAUAGAGGUGCAGCAGAUGACAAACAAGGUCUUGAAAACUGUGAUGGAACAAAGGUUCUUCCUGUCGAGUUUGUUGCUCUGGAAGCUUGCCUUGAGGCUGCCUGUAGUUCCUUGGACAAUGAAGCGAGGACACUAGAACAGGAGGCUCACCCAGCUUUAGAUAAACUGACUUCAAAGAUCAGUACUCUUAAUUUGGAACGUGUUCGUCAAAUUAAGAGCCGUUUGGUUGCAAUAACUGGGCGUGUUCAGAAGGUAAGGGAUGAACUAGAGCACCUGCUUGAUGAUGAUGAAGAUAUGGCCGAGAUGUAUCUGACUGACAAGUUGGCUCUACACCUUGAAGAUUCUGUAGCUUCCUCCUCUAUGAGUGACAGGGACGAUAUAAAUUAUGAUGUCAUUCAAUCAGACAUGGAUGAUAUGAAUGCUGCUGAAAUAUCGUUGGAAGCUCAAGGUGCUUCUGCAAGGUAUAUAGACACUGACAAUGCCCAGGAUCAUUUGUUCACUGCACCUAUCGCACUUAGGAGAGAAAGCCAUGGGACUCGUACUAGUACAACUCGUAGUGGUAUUGGCAAGAACCUUGAUGUAGAGGAGCUAGAAAUGCUCUUGGAAGCAUACUUUGUGCAGAUUGAGGGCACACUUAACAAACUAUCCACGCUGAGGGAGUAUGUAGAUGACACAGAAGAUUACAUCAACAUAAUGCUGGAUGAUAAACAGAAUCAUCUUCUGCAAAUGGGGGUCAUGUUAACGACGGCAACACUAGUUGUGAGCGCCUUUGUUGUUGUGGCUGGAAUUUUUGGCAUGAAUAUCCACAUUGCGUUGUUUGAGGGUACUGGUGAGGCAGGGAUGCCACACUUCAUCUGGACUGUCGCCGGUGGUGCUACUGGAACCAUAUUCUUAUAUAUUGUUGCUAUUGCCUGGUGUAAGUAUAAGCGAUUAUUAGAGUGAUCAAAUUUGAAGAGAGAGCAUUGCCAAAGAAUUCCUUUUGAACAUUGUUGGCUUUGCGACUGAGACCGUGAUCUGGCAGACGGUUCCUAAUGCCUGAUUCUAAGCACUAGCUAUUUGGAUACAGCCCCCAACAUUUGUUAAUAGAAACCAUUACUGUAUACAUAUUUCAUAGCUACGCAGCACCAGUACAUUCAUGUUGAGAGAUUUCAUGAAUACAGCUGGUAUUCAACUGCUUAUCGUCUCUAAUUUUUCGGGCUUGUGAGUCAUCAGCAUGUAUGAAUUUCGUUUACAAUUAUAUCAUGAUGCAGGGAUGGAUUUGUUGUGUGA